AAAGUAUAUUUUCUUAUAGUUCAAAAAAUCCAUAACGACCAAAUUUUCAAAAAAUUCAAAACCGCCAAAAAUCCUUCAAAACGUCGCAACCCUAAAAAUAUUUCAAAACGUCGCAACUCCAAAACAUUUCAAAACGUCGCAGCCCCCAAAAUGUUUCAAAACGUAGCAGCCCCCCAAAAUGUUUCAAAACGUCGCAGCCCCCAAAAUGUUUCAAAACAUCGCAAUCCCAAAAAUUUUUCAAAUCGUCCAAACCCCCAAUUAUUUCAAUUUUAACAGACCCACAAUCGAAACACUUGACAAGAACUACCAGCAUACUAUUGGCUACAGACUUAAACUCUCAUUUCUCGAUACAAAAGCAUUAAAUCAUCGUUACUGUGAUCAUAUUUGUGAUGACUUGACUUGGAUAACUCCAGACUGCAGAAAUAAUGGUUACCCUAACCCAAAUAAAUGUUCAGAAUGUUUAUGCCCUGAGGCAAAUUUAAAAAAAUAAUAUAAUUUUUUGAUAAUUAAAGGGGUAUGCUGCUCCUUAUUGUGACCAUGUAGAAAAGGGCCGGAUGGAGGGGGAAGGUAUUACUUUUAAAGGAUUCUUAGGUCGAAUAAUAGUUGGAAAAUGGAUGGGGAGACUCUGAAAAUAAUUUAGUGCACCCUCGGAAGCACAGACCCCAAUUUUGUGACAAAAAUAGAAAUUUGACAUUUCGACAUUGACAUUUCGACAUAUGACUUUUAAGUCAAAAUUAAUGUCAUACUUACAAUUAGACCCACUAAGACCCCAGAAUAC